ACCUGGGGGUGAAAGGUCAAGGGUGAAAGGACUCAACGGUGACCGCGCGACUUAACUCGCGCGGUAACGAGAAAUGGCCAAACAUCAUCCGGACCUGAUCUUCUGCCGCAAGCAGGCGGGAGUGGCUAUUGGAAGACUGUGUGAAAAAUGUGAUGGUAAAUGCGUGAUCUGUGACUCAUAUGUGCGACCCUGCACACUUGUGCGCAUAUGUGACGAGUGUAACUAUGGGUCGUACCAAGGCCGCUGUGUGAUCUGCGGAGGUCCAGGAGUCUCUGAUGCCUAUUACUGCAAGGAGUGCACCAUCCAGGAGAAAGAUAGGGAUGGCUGCCCUAAGAUAGUCAAUCUGGGCAGUUCCAAGACGGAUCUCUUUUACGAGCGCAAGAAGUACGGCUUCAAGAAGAGGUGAUCGGCCCUUGGUGCUGCUGUACCUGCUGCAGGGUUGGGGAAAGGGUCUUAAAGCAUCUCUGGACUUCACUGUUAUUGAGAACCAAUUAAUCUUCUCUAAAAUGUUACAAAUUAAACUAUGUGUGGGGGUGGGGGAAGAAACAAAAUCAACUGGGGAUUGGAACCUGAUAAUAGCUGAGAACUGCAGAUGGCAAAAGCAGGCUACUGACUCUUGCCAUCUCCCAAGCGUGGCUACUGUCUGCCAUAUGGCUCUGCAAAAUGCCUGGUGGGCAAGUACUUACAUUCUAAGGGGAUCUGCUCUCCUAUCAAGGUGUAGCACUGUUUUUACACGUCUUGCCCACUUUCGGAAUCGGGGGAUCACUUGUAGUCCUCCUUUCCAUGCUCUCCCUCUCAGUUGAUAAGAAGUCUUCUCCCCUGGCCUCACCCCCAAAGUCUGAGGAAUGAGUUCAGAUUGCUGACCCACCAGAAAUCUCUGUGUAUUAUACAGGGAGGCUAGCAUGCUCAUGACUGAUGCCCUUUUCAUAUGAGCACAACAAUUACAUGUCCCUAUGUUUUCUUCAACCGAUUAACCGAAGGCCCUUUCUGUAACUACCUCUGCAAAAUGUAAACCAAUAAAGUUUGUUUUUUUUUUUCUUUUUCUAACAAGGAUUUCUCUCUAGUUCAUCUCACCCAUCGUCCUCCCAGAGUUUCCUUUUGUAAGGUGAUUGGGACACUAAGAACUUAAGAGUUGCCAAACUAGAAAUUAACAAUGAGCCAUCUGUUCUCUGACAAUGGCCAGUCAUGGCUAUGCUGACCUCUCUGUGAGAUGCUUUGGGGAAGGACCGCUGUUUGCUUUCUCACACCAGCCAUUGAUAAUUUUAUGUCCUGAAGCAGGAGGACGGCUCGCUUUGUGUAACCCUUGCCUUUGCUAAUGUGUCUGGAUGUUGUUUCACCAUGCAAACAUCCAAUCCCUUUCUAAAACCUCCUGAGCUGCUUGACUCUAUCCUGCUGCAGGAAGUUAGAACCUUCUGUGCUGUAGCUGGAAACCAGCUAUUAUAUUCCAGACUAAUAGCCAUAUACUGAAAACUAGAGCCUGCUUGUUUGCUGAAUACCACCAGAGGCUGUGGACUGCUCAGCACAGAUCUGGGGAAGGAGAUACAGCUCAUGUAGAGAUUGUACACACCUUCCCCUUCCCUCCUGACCAGGAGUUUGCAAUCAUGUUAACUUCUAAGGAGCUGCUUUGGUGAGCAGGAGGGGCAGAGAGAAACUAAGCUGGAUUUGGGGUACAGUAGAAUUUCCCACUUGUGGUCUAGGGUCCCAACAAAGAUGUAGUUUGGGAUGCAGAGUGUUCACAUCUGAGCCUGUUGGCACAGCUAGCAGUACCAUCCAGGCAGGGAUCGCUAUAGAGAGACGAGGAAUUUCCCUUCCUUUUCCCCCAUACAGCUGUGCUUGCUGUUGCCUCAGCACUCCCAGUCUCGCUACUGCUGUAGGAAUCAAGGGCUUAUAGUUUAAGAUCAGAACUUUGAUUACUGGGUAUGUAGCUCCAUGUUCUGGCAGCUGUGAAAGAGUUAAACUGCCUUAUCUAGUGGUUCUCAUCCAUUGGUCGAGUGGAGGGAGAGGGUUGCUUUUCUCCUUGGCCUUGUCUACACAGGCAACUUAGGAGAAGCCUUCUACUGCCACUAGUGUGUGUAGCCUAGGUCAGUGGCAGUGCCAGACCGCAAGGAUGGGAGAUUGCCCUAAAACUGCUAGUGUAGAUGAGGCCCUCCCUUGUGAAGCAGAGCAAGAGAUACAGAAGGGUAGCACUGCAGUGAAGAUUCAGUCUUUCUUAUGUGAUUACUUGUCUUGUGUUCAUUAGUUUCUAAUCCCCCAGACAGGGACCCUAGAAAAGACAGGCUCUCUGAAACAGAUUCUAUGCGAUGAGAACUGUGAGGUUAAUUGCAGGGUCUUUAAAAAAAAAAAAAAUUAAAACUCAGUGAAAUGAGUAGAAAGUGCUUGCCUUGACAGCUGUGAAGAUCAAAGUCCUUUCUUUAAGCCCAGAACCGGUUCAGCAAGGGCACUGGCAGGACAAGCUUCCCCCACAUGCUGCCGUCCUGUUGUGCCGCAGUCCUGCCCUGGAGGGGCCUCUGGCAGGACUUCAGAAAGUAGUUCAGUCUCAAAUGGCCUAAUUCAGAGGUUCCCAAACUGAUCUGUGGGAUGGUUGGUGGGUGUCUGCAGAGAACAGUGUGGUCUUAUAAUGGCACUCAUCACUAUAGUAGUUGAACAACUAGGAGGCACACUGCUAAACUGAAUUAAAGGAAGCUAAAUAUGCAUGCCUGGUAUUCCUUUUCCACAUAUGUCAUUGCUGUAAUUACCACAGGGGUGCUAUGCUUCUGUAAAUGGAAGAAGAGGUUUCUGCAAGAAAAUCCCUGUAUUUACAAUCUCCACACUAGAAAAAACUGGAGAAUUCCUGGCCUAUUCAAUACUUAGCCUCUCUGCUCACAGUGCUAAUGAAGUGUUUAUAGUGUUCUGGGACAUGGACACAUAUCCUGAGUCCUCUUUCCCCACUCCCCCGUACAUGCACAAUGUCACCUCAUUUCAUAUCCGUUACCAAAAAGGGGUCAUAACUUUUGGUUACAAAUAAGCUGGGACAGGGUCAUAUUGGAUGGGUAAAUGGCUCUAAAACCCAGCCCUAGUCCCGUGAAUCAUUUGGUCCACUGCUUGACAGCCCCUCUGAACCUGAAAUGUUGCUGCCUUUAAAAAUUGGAUGUUGGCAAAUGUCUAGAUUGUAUUAGUGUGCUCUCUCUCUGAGUGUUGGCUACAGGGAUCAGAUUUUAACUAUCUGAAAUUUUACUUAAUAGGAGCAGCCAUGUUUUUGUUCUUUAUGGUGCUUGGUGGGAACUUUUUGUUGACAUGUUCAAAUUAGCAAAUGUUUUCAUUUCUAAGGCAGGAAAGAAUUUCUGAUUUCCUUUGGGUUUAGUUAAGUGUCAUGUGACUUGAAAGUAAAGAAUGUUCCUGGUAUGGAAGUGUUAAUUAUGCCCAAUUAUACCCUGACUGACCUUCCUUGGCAUUAAACAACCUAGCAAAACUA